CGAGAACACCAGUCCACCGAGCCGUUUUAGCCUCAGAAAGUUAAGGCAUGGAGAUCGCUCCGUGCAUUUUGCUGUCGCUCAUUCUCCUCCACACAAUCGCCGCCGCGCCCUCUUCUGCCGCUGCCGCCGCCGCCGCCGAUGAGCUCGCGCCCUCCGCCUUGGGUCCUGCGGCCGACGAGCACGGGUCGGACAUCUACGUUGUCUUCGUUAGCCGCGAGGACUACGUUGAUUCGGUGGACUACGACGUCCGGCUGCUCGCCUCUGUCGUGGGAAGCGCAGCGGAAGCGAAGGCGGCGAUGAUCUACCAUUACAGCGGUCUCGGGUUCGCGGCGAGGCUCGCGCCAGAGCAAGCCGUGCAGCUGUCAAAGAAGGAGGGCAUUGCAAUCUUCAAGGACCGGAUGUACCAUGUUGAGAAGGAAGAAGAAGGUGGACGCUUGCCUCGCUUCUUUGAAGAGAAUAUCUGACGCCUGAAGUUUACUCACUACGAAUUAGACUACCAAACCAUGAUUCCGUAUAUUAGCACGAUCGGAAACGAAAUUAUGAAGUUGUGGGCGAUUUGUUAAGUGAUUACACAAAAUAAGUUGGCACAACGUAUACAGCAUAAAUUUGCAUACCGUAUGCUAAAUUUGCAUCGACAUAUAGCAUUUCGUGAAUUAAACCAGAUAUAAGCUAUUCGUGCCAAAACUAUGAUGGUUUCCUCCGCCUAUAUCUUCGUCGUGGCAUGUCUCUGUGGUUCAUCGGCAGGAAGAACCGGCCAUCGCUGGCCCCUCUGUCAAUGCAUUAUGCACAGGACCUCCCGCUGACUGCUAGCUUUCGUAUGAUUCUUAGUUUCUUAUUUUUGUUGCUUAGUUGCUAUGAACAUACAAUCAUGAAAGCGGGAAUUCUAGA